CCACAGCCGGCUUCCACUGAACCUCACUCUCGACCUCAGCAUCAGUUUUCUUUUGUCACCCAGCCUUCAAACAUCUCCGCUAAAUUUCUCAUUUUAUCCAAUUAAAAAAAAUUCAAAUAAAAGAAAAUAAAAUCCAAAUUGAAUUUUUAAAAAAUUGUGACAGUGUCAAUAAUAAAUCGUGUUGUAAAUUAUUUUUUUUUAUGAUUUCAAAUUUUGUAAAUUAAAUUUUAAAUAUAAAAUAAAUAAAACAACAGCAACAAAAUAAAAAAUGUUGCAAGUACAUUUAUCACAACAAUUACCAAUACCGCGAAUACAAAACGCACUUUAUCCAUAUAAUCCAAGUUUAUAUGAUGAGCUGAUGCGUUUAUUUGCUACCAAUCUUUCUGUUGAACCGAUACGUCAAUCUUCUGAAGACAUUAUGGCAGACUUCAGAUCAAAUGGCAGAGAUUUCGAAUACUGUCCUGAAUUAGAAAACGGAGAAUUGCCGCCAGUUUUGAACCGGCGUAAAAAAAACCGUAAGCCUUUGCCGAUUGAAUGCGCAUUUUGUAAAAACAAUGGGGAAGAAAUUCAAUUUUACAAGCAGCAUAUACUCAAGGAUUUGAAUGGACGUACUGUCUGUCCAAUACUGAGACGUUACACAUGUCCAAUUUGUGGUGCAAAUGGUGACGCUGCCCAUACCAUAAAAUACUGCCCAGCGAAUAAAAGUCCAGAGCCAAUUCCUCUGUCCAAUGCAAUGAAACGUCAGGUCAGAAAUUCGGCUGGUAAAACUCGAUCUAAGUAAUCAUACAAUUUGAAAUUUUUAUAUAUAUAUAUA